AGAAUAAAAAGGGAAACUGGGAAGGGAAGAAGAAAGAAGGGAGGAGGGGUUUGGUAACAUGUUCGAUGCGGGUUGGGGAGGGAGAGUACGUUGACGAAAGUCGGGGAAGCAAAAGCAAGUCCUCGAGAAGCCGCAAGGAACAGCAGCAGCGCCGAGGCAAGCAACUUCCAGAUUCUCCAUCCCCCACCCCCUCCCCACCCCAAUAUCAUCUCCCUUUCCAUCAUCCUCAUCCUCGUCGUCCGCUCCCCCUCCUCUUUCUCAUCGAUGAGUUCUUACUGCAUGGAUGUGGCGGCUGAUGGGGCAUAAAUGGGAAGGGCGGUCUUUCUACAGGUUCUCCACAUAUAUCCAGUUUUUGCAGGGGAUUAAGAUCUGGAUAGACGAUGGUCCCGCUAACUGCUUGCCAUCCGACCAUAAGCUAUAGGCCCAUACGUCCAUCUGAUCUGGAAAUCUUAGAGCAGCUCCACGGGGAAUUAUUUCCCAUCAGGUACGAAUCUGAGUUCUUCCAAAAUGUUGUCCAUGGACGUGGUAUAGUGUCUUGGGCAGCCGUUGACCAUAGCCGUGAUGAUGGAAAAAGUGAUGAGCUAAUUGGAUUUGUCACAGCUAGGGUUGUUCCUGCUAAAGACAGUGAGAUUGUGGAUUUGCUUAAUAGUAAUUCUGCAGAAUCAGAAUGGUCAUUAGUCUACAUUCUGACGCUGGGAGUGAUGAAUAGUUACAGAAAUCUUGGCAUAGCCUCUUCACUUAUUCUUGAGGUUAUCAAGUACACCUCCAGUAUCCAAACUUGUCAGGCUGUUUAUUUGCAUGUGAUAUCAUACAAUAUUCCUGCCAUCCACCUGUACAAGAAAAUGUCAUUCAAGUGUAUACGGAAGUUGCCUGGUUUCUAUCUGAUUGAUGGCCAGCAUUAUGAUUCAUACCUGUUUGUUUACUUUGUGAAGGGCAGUCGAUCUCCUUGCUCACCACUGGAGCUUGUCAUGGUUGUCGUGAGAUACAUACGGAUUGGUUUCCAGUCGAUUAUCGCAAAGCUAUGGAGCGAUGAAAGGAAGGUUGGUAGAUGGUGCAGAUGUAAAGAAGCUCAUUCUCUAAUAUAGGCGGCCCAGAACAAGAGAAUCCUUGAGUCUCAGAGAAUUAGGGAUAAAUGUAUCUUAUAGGUAUGUUUUAUCAACUGGUUGUUGGUACUUGAAGGAGGGAUGCAGAUGUACUAUCUGCCUUUACUUGUAUUCUUGCCUGUACAUGUUUACACCUAUUAAUCGUGGAGAGUUGAAAUAAUAUCAAGGCCAUUGCAUUGUGGCUUGUUUUUAUUUUCCAAAAUUCGAGGGUGAGAUAUAAUGUUUUUUUGCAAACGUAGGAUGUAUGUGCCUGUAAUGAAAGCAAGUAACUUUGUUGUUGUGUUUUUCAA